UAUUUUUGAUUGCCUAGAUAACCUUCAUCCAGUCGAGACGGCAUUCGGACUUUUUGUUCUAUUAAAGAGUGGGGAGGACGAAAUAUUCGGUCAGUCGACUCUCAACCACCGAAGAUAUCGCACAACUCAGAAUGUCGCUAGAUGAGAAAUUCCAAUCGGCCGCCGCAGCCGUAAAAACUUUAACAAAACGACCGACCGACGAAGAACUUCUCGAACUUUACGCUUUCUUCAAGCAAGCAAUGGAAGGAGACAAUAAAACCCCAAAGCCAGGCAUGCUGGACCUCAAAGGAAAGGCGAAAUGGAACGCGUGGGACAGCAAACGAGGUACAUCGCAGGAUGCGGCUAAAGAAGCGUACAUUAAAUUUGUCGACACAUUGUUAACGAAGUACAAGUAGAAUUCCUAUAAAAAAAAUAUGAGAGAAUUAAUUUCCCGUGUAUAAUCACAUGAAAUAUAUCAUUAUCGCACUCUGCUGGUUGUCAUUGAGAAGAGAAAAUAAUUACAAAAUAAUAACAAUAAUAACAAUAACAACAACAACAACAACAAUAAUAAUAAUAAUAAUAUUUUUACCGGGAAAGAGGAAUCGAUACAUGUGUAAAAAUCCUUGUGUUAUGAAAUUAUAAGAAAAGAAUCUUCA